AUGGACCAGAUAUUGUUGAACAAUUUUGGAAUGUAUGACACUGGGGUUUUAGGCAACCAGGAAGAUGGAUAUAGUGCAGAUGAUGAAGAUGAAGAGGACAAUAACACUAAUGAUGUUAUUGUUGAUGUUGUAGCCUACAAAAAGCUAGUGGAAGAUGGUAGUCAGGAUUUGUAUGUAGGCUGCACAAGUUUUUCAAAACUACAGUUCAUAGUUAGGUUGUUGAACAUAAAGAAUACAUGGAAAGUGCCCAAUGGAUGCUAUGAUGAGAUAUUGUUAUUAUUUAAGGAAGCUCUUCCACAAUCUCAUGCACUAUCAGGAAUUUCAAAAAUUCAUGCAUCAAAGAGGUACAUAAAAGACAUCGGCAUUGGUUAUGAAAGUAUUCAUGCAUGCAAGAAUGACUGCAUCAUGUUCAGAGGAGCACACAAGGACGACACACUAUGUCCAAUAUGUAACACAAGCAGAUGGAAGAGUGAGAACGCAGGAGUUGGUGGGAAAAGGAUGUACAAGGUUCCUCAGAAAGUUACCAGGCACUUCAAACUGAAACCAAGGGUCAGAAGGUUCAGUGAAGACCCAAGAAAUAUUAGGUUUGCAUUAACCACCGAUGGGUUCAAUCCAUUUGAAAACAUGAGCAUAUCAUACAACAUCUGGACAGUUAUUCGGAUUCCACUUAACCUUCGUCCUUGGGUAUGCACGAAACAAUCUAAUUUCAUCCUAAGUGUUAUUGUUCCUGGGAGGAAGGGUCCAGGGAAGGAAAUGGAUGUUUACAUGCAGCUGGCCAUAGAUGAUCUUCAAGAAUUGUGGAAACCUGAAAUCUGGACACAUGAUGCAAUUACUGAUGGUGCAUCUUUCAAUGGAAAAGAUGAAUUCAGAGAUCCCCCAGUUAAGAUUACAGGUCAAGAAAUAUCUGAAAUGACUGCAACUCUGCAUACUGAUAAUGGCAAGUUACAAAAACCCAAGCCACCUAGGAGAAAAAAGAGGACUGUUGCGGAAUUACAGGAAAAUGAGGAAAUUUAUAUUCACAGUGUGGAGGGAACUUUCAAAAGAAGAAGUGUCUUCUUCCAGUUGGAAUAUUGGCAGACACUACUUGUAAGAUAUAACCUAGACAUCAUGCACGUACAGAAAAAUGUUUUUGAAAACAUAAUGAAUACUAUUUUGGAUGUUGAUCAAAGAUCCAAGGACAACUUGAAUGCUAGGUUGGAUCUAGAAGAUAUGAAUAUAAGAACUACCCAUCAUGCUGAUAUGACGGCACCAAAACCUAUCUUACCUAGGGCAAGUUACCAGUUGCUUCCUCAGGCCAAGAAUAUAUUUUGCACUAUCAUCAAGUAUGCAAGAUUUCCAGAUGGAUAUGCAUCAAACUUGUACCACAAGGUGAUAGAUGUUGAUGAAAUGGAGCACUGGGAAGCUGAGAUUGCACAAAUCUUGUGUAAAUUAGAGAUGAUAUUUCCUCCAUCAUUUUUUGACAUGAUGGUGCAUGUAACUAUCCACCUAGCAAGUGAAGUACGAAUUGAUGGACCUGUUCAAUUCAGAGACAUGUGGUCUACUGAGAGGUUCGUAGGAACACUGAAGGACUUUGUACAGAACAUGACUUACCCAGAAGGGUCAUUGGCAGAAAAUUAUCAGUUUGAUGAAUUCCUAACAUUCUGCUCAAUAUAUCUUAAUGGCUAUGCGCUACAAAGUUGA